UCACCGGGCUCUCUUCGUCCUCCUCGCGGCGGCCCGAGAUGGCGGAGGCCUUGAAUCAUUUUAAAAAAGACUACAGAGCAAGAUUCUGCCAUAGAGGAGGAAGUAAGAUUGAUGUACAGCCAGGUCAAAACAUACUGAAAGUCAUACAGGAUUGUUUUGAAAAUUGUGACAGUGAUCUUACAAUAAGCUCUCCAAGUGCAACCUGUUGCUCAACUCCUAUUGUCAGAAAUGAGAGGAGAGCUUCAGUACAGAGGCAAAGGCCAAAGACAGAGUUAACUAACUCUGUGAAAAAAGCCUGUGAUUCUGCAGAGUCCUCACCUGCAUCAGCACUAAAACCGGUCAGCAGCACAGGAUGUUCACAUGAGUUACCCCUGAAGCCUGCAAUACAUGAUUAUAUAGCUGAUUCUAAAAAAACAAAGUCUCCUGUGUCUAGAAGAAAAACAAAUACUAUAUUGAAAGACGUUGAAGCACUGUGCAAAAGUCCUGCUUUGGUUCUGGACCCUGACGAUGAUCAUGAGUCUGUUGAAUCGCCUCUUCUUGUGGAGGAAGCAAAUAGUUCUCCUGUGCAUACAUUACAUUUUGAUGACCAAAAUACUCCUGCUGCAGUGAAGAGCCACAAGGAAGUUGAAAAUUUGGAAGGACCUCAGUCUGGGAGAGAUAAGCAGGUUGUUCUCACGCAAGGAACAGAAUGUACUUCUAAGUCUUCUGUGCAGAUAGAGAAGUCUUUCUCUUCGGCCAUCUUAGCAGCUGUAACAAAAGGAACGCUUGUAAAAAGGUAUUCAGUCUCGAUAUCGCCACCAUCACCGCCUCCUGUAAAAGAUAAAGAUACAGAAAGAGAAAAUGAAUGUGACUUUUUAAUUGAUGAAUCAGAUGAUGUAUCUGUUGGUUCUUGGAUUUCAAUACCCUAUAAGAACAAAAAAUCUAAACAAGAUGGCUCUGCAGCUUCUGUUUCUAAAUCUCAGCCUUCUGAAAAAAAGAAGACAGGGAGUAAGAAGGGCAAGAACAGAAAAGCACAGGUUGAAGCACUUACUGAACAGAAAAGGGAUGAUUUGGAUGUCAGAGUACAAGACUUGAGACAAACAUCAGAAUCAGAUCCAGUCUCUAACAGUGAAGGAAAGGUCCUUAAAUCUCAAAAGAAAAACAGUACUCAUAAGGGAAAGACUAAGAAGGAUGCAUUUAUGCAAGUCUCUCCAAACCAGACAAAGGACAUGUCUUGGAAACGAAAAGCUGAAGGACUGAUGUCAACACGGUCUGGAUUGAAAAGAAAAGCAUCUGAUGCAGAACAGUGUAAAACAAGGGUGAUGCCAAGUGAGGAUUUGCUUAUGCCCUCAUCUGGACAUGAGCAAGAGCAGACUGUGUCUCCAAGAAAGAAUCUCAAGUCCCCCAUCUAUCUGCAGUCGGCUUCAAAAGCUUCUCAGAGUUUAGUUCACAAGAAACAAACUGCUAAGCAGAAACUUCCAAAAGAUAGAGUACCUAAGAGACUGGCAGAAAGUCCAAGGAAGAAGCUGAAAAAAUCUGGCAAGAAAAGUAGUAAUAAAAAGCCUCAGUUACAAAGAGAGGAGAGUUCUGACAGUGAACCUGGUGAAGAAGAGUUUGGAAAAGAGCCUGUAAAAUUGAAUGAAGUGUUUUACUCACCCCUGCAUCAGAAAUUACAGACUAUGGUGAGUCCAAAGUUGGCUAAGUCUGAAAAGCCUAAAAAUGUAUUGCACACUUUGGAGUCACUUGAUGGUGCAAGUAACAAAACUCCUGUGAAAGCACUGCAUCAUCUCACAGACAGUGUGAAGAAUUCUGAAAAGAAACGAUUGUCAGCUAAAUCUUCAGGGAAGAAACCCAAAAUGACUAAUCGCAGAACCAAUAAAGGUGUUUGCACAAGCCCUGAGGGCACUGUGUUUCAAAUGGAUUCUGACGGCUGUUCUGUACGGGACAUGGCAAGAGAAGAAAAUAAGUCAUCAGACAUGAAAAUAAAAAGUAACAAAAGAAAACAUAACACACAACAUGGACUACAAGAUUUCUUUGCAACUGAGAAGGCUACGAACCAUGGAAGUGGGCCUGCUGUGGACCAUUGUGAUAAAUGUGCUUCCAGCAGUAAGUCUUGUGAACGGGAUAGUACAUCUUCAGAUAGUUCUGAAGACUGGGAUUCUCAAGUAAGAGAUCUGUUGUCAGACCACGGAGCAAAGCAUAAAAUAGUAAUGCCUUCCAAUACACCUAAUGUUCGUCGGACAAAAAGGAUACGACUACGACCUCUGGAAUAUUGGCGAGGCGAGCGUGUAAACUAUACGAUGAGGCCUUCAGGAGGGCUUGUGAUUAGUGGAAUAGUGUGUCCAGAAGCAGAAACUUUCUGCAACAUUAAACAAAGGAAUGGUGGUCACAAGCAGAAACGAGAUGAAACAAGAAGUGAGAUACCCUCAAAUUUGGAUCGCACCCUAGCUGAUACUUCGAAGCCAACCACUGUGCUGGACCCAGUAACAAAUCAGGAAGUGCUUUUAGAAUGUGUUAACACUGAAAGCAGUCACUCAUGCUUCUUCAAAGAUGAAUCAGUAGAAAUAUAUAAAAAUUUGAAUACAUCUGAUUUUGCCACUGGUAGAUUGAUUCUGAAACCACUUAAAGAAAAGGGGCACCAGUUUGUCCACAUGGAUACAAUAGCUUUCCAUGUUAUCUACGGCAAAAUUAUUGUUACCUUACAUAAGACAUCAUAUUGUCUGACUACAGGGGACUACUUCUAUGUUCCAGCAGGCAAUGGAUAUAACAUACGUAAUCUUCUGAACAAAGACAGUGUUCUUCUCUUCACACAACUUAAAGACAGGAAAUUCCAUGUGCACCUGCUGCCAGUGUGAUGCACUGCGUCCUGCUAUGCAAGUUGGCAGUUGUCUCGAAGUAUCUGUCAAAGGUGUGCUUUUGUCUCUUUUUUCUUUUUUUUUUUUUUUUCCUCUUUCUUCCUGUUGGAGUGGGCUGUGGCAUGAGGCAUUCACCUGCCACUGUUUCAGUUUAGCUGCUAUAUCAAGUUUCAAUCUGCUCCUUCAUUUUUUUGUCUUGCUGCCUAAAAUAUUUUCUUGCCUUUUUUGAAUGAAUUUCCCUUACCAAAGGUUUCUUUUUUAUCUUUGUGCUGCUUGAAAGGAUUAUUAUAUUUUUCUAAUUUAAUUCCAGGUAUUUGAAUUAUUUCGGAGUAGUUCUUGUGCCUGAAGGUUCCUUUGCUGUGUCUUCAAGCUUUGCAUGGGCCCUGGCAAAACUCCCAAUUUUCUGACUUGGAGGAGUGAUGCAAAGCUUCCUUUGGCUGCCAUUCUUUGAAAGACAUUUGUGUAGUUUCAAUCCCAAGAGGUCAGUUUAGGAUGUCACUGGCGAAGCAUUAGUUAUCAUCAUCAUCUGCUAUUUUCCGGAUUGCAGAAUCAGAACUGAGACUGCUUCAGGCUGGCAUGGUUGCCCUUGAGCCUCACCCAUCUGUUGAGGCUGGCUCUGCAGUGCUGAAAGAAUCCGUCCCAGCACCAUUCCCCUGGCCAGACCUGUCCUACAGCAUUGUAGCAUUGUGCUUUUUGCUCCUGUAGUGCAAAUUCAGUGCACUGGUGACUUCCUCUGCCUUGGCACAAUUUUGCCGUGGCUCUGCUGUCACUUAGGCUCUAGGCCAUACCCUGGGUUUGGAUUGGCAGGCGAGGCCAGGCACUCACCCGCUCUUACAUCUUCAUUCCUCUUGCUAGUGGGGAUGGUGUUUGGCACCAGCUGGUUUUCGCACAGAGGUCUGGCAUGGCAGUGUGUGCCCAUUGCUGCAGAUAUGAAUGUGGACACAUAUGCCCUCUUGCUCCCCAUUGCUGCUUGAUUUUUCUGGUAAAUGCCAGGAGAAAAUAAUUUUCCUGGGUUUCAUGUUUCUGUGGUGUCUAAGGAGGAGCCUGAGCUGAGGCUGGGAGAGCUGGGUGGUCAUUCAGUAUCACCUUCAUACAUUUCUCUCACAGACAGAGCUGAGACCUGACUGUCUGUGGGUUGGGAGUGUGUGUUUGCAAAGUACAUUACAGUAUUUGUGUACAGACUUGGCAUCCUCAUUGCUGUUGUUGCUGUGGAGAGGUCAGGAGGAACAGAAGAGAUCAGGAGACAAAAGCUCAUAUAUGGAGAAAGAGCUGCUCUGACUGCAGGGCAACUGGCUCUAGGUGGUCCUGCCUGAGCAGGAGGGUUGGACCAGAUGACUCCCAGAGGUCCCUUCCCAACCUCAACCAUUUUGUGAAAACUGAGACUCCUAUGCUAUGGAAGCUGCUCUUCUGUAAGUUUAGUUCAUGCUUGUGUUGGGAAGACCCUUCUGCCACACACCUCAGGCGGAGGGACCUCUCCUGUGUCACACAGCAGGCUGUGAAUGGGCCAACCGGAAGAGUGUGGAGUGUGCCAGAGCACUUGGCUGCUGGUGAACAGCCACUCUUUUCCCUUUCUCUUGUGAUUUGAGCCCAGAGGGCAACUGAGCACCACACAGCUCACCCCUUCCCCCUCAGGGGUGGGGAGAAGUACAACAAAAGGCUCUGGGGUGCAGAUAAGGACAGGGAGGGUUAAAGACCAGAGUAGGACAGAGAGGAA